AUGGAGUUAAUACGACAGGGACUGGAUAUCGCUACGAAUCCAAAGCACAUGUCAUGGAUAUAUCCAUUACUUCUCAUCGCCGACGCAGGGCUGUGCGGCGUGAUCAUUGAGAAAAUCCCAUAUACUGAAAUUGACUGGACGACGUACAUGGAGCACAUCAAGAUUUAUUUGAAGGGAGAAAGAGAUUAUAGAAAGAUUGAGGGUUCGACAGGCCCUUUGGUUUAUCCCGCCGCACAUGUCUACAUCUACAGGCUACUCUACUCGCUCACGGAUGAGGGCCGCGAUAUCCAGAUGGCGCAGUACCUCUUUGCGUUGGUGUAUCUGUUCACGUUGGCGAUUGUCAUGCAAUGUUAUCGCGCUGCAAAGGUUCCGCCAUAUGUUUUCCCAUUGCUUAUCUUGUCCAAACGUCUACAUAGCAUAUUUAUGCUGCGACUUUUCAACGAUUGCUUUGCUGUUUUGGGACUUUUCCUUGCCAUCUACUUCUAUCAGAGGAAUAACUGGCAUCUCGGAUCAUUCUUUUACACGACUGGUCUGAAUGUCAAAAUGAGCCUAUUACUACCACUCCCUGCUAUUGGUUUCCUGGCUCUUCAGGCUCUCGGAGGCAGGGAGGGUCUCACUCAAGGAAUGAUCAUUGUUCAGGUCACGAUUGGCUAUGGAUAUCCAUUCCGAAAGCGUGCUCCAUCAUACUUUGCAAGAGCUUUCGAACUUACACGACAGUUCUUAUACAAAUGGACCGUGAACUGGCGAUUUGUGGAUGAAUCUACGUUCCUUUCCAAACCCUUCGCGAUCGGACUUUUGGCUGUACAUGCAGGCCUUCUCAUCUGGUUCGCAACGACACGUUGGAUUAAGCCCUCCCGACGUUCGCUACGCGGGGUCCUCAAAUUGAUCACCAACGAGCCCGAAGAUCAGGAGGCCAUCAGUCGAAGGGUGUCUCCGAGCUUCAUAAUGACCACUAUUCUCACUGCGAACAUCAUUGGCAUGCUAUGUGCCAGAUCUCUCCACUACCAGUUCUACGUCUAUAUCGCAUGGGCAACUCCGUUCCUCUUAUGGAAAGCCGGACUCCACCCAAUCAUCCAGUAUGCGCUCUGGGCUGCGCAGGAAUGGGCAUGGAACGUGUACCCAAGCACACCGGCGAGCUCUGCGACCGUAGUCGGGGUGCUGGCGAUUACCCUGUUGAGCACAUGGUGGGGCACGAGGAACGAGUUUGAGAAUGUCCAAGAGAAUGGCAGCGUGACCGAGCCGCACGAGCAUACAGAAUAG